GGGACUCUGAGCGUGGACGCACACGGGCUGCAGGCAACUCUUCAUGCAGCCUCGUCUGUGUGUGUGGAUACAUCAAUUAACUGUGUUUUCAUCGUAGCUCAGUGAAACCGAGAUGUAAAACGUGAGGUGUGCGGGCUGAGUCUGGUCGGGCUCAAUCAGGAUUUACCUUUCAAUAGACUGUAUCUCACAUUCACCGGUAAUAAUUAUUUGCAGACUGACUCGGCAGUUUCUGGGCAACUUUUUCGUGUGUAAUGUUAGGACAUCGGGGUUUUGUCGGUUAACGUUAAAACACCACUUAUUUUCCAGGUUUUCAUCUGGAUUCGUCUGGUCUUAUUCCGCAGAAUAAGGAUUUGGCAUUUCUUUGGCAGGCUGGAGGACCUGGUGUGCAGCUGGUCCACAGUAGGUUUGUCCAAAAGAGUGUUCUGACGAGAUCAGUGCGAAUGGUACUUACCGGACUCCAGAAAGGACCUGGUUGGGAAAGGGAGUGAGAAUGGACAACCUUUCUGACUUUGGUGGCCCCUGUCCAUCCACCCACAGGGAAUGGGACACCAACAACUGUGUGGAAGAUUUAAUCGAUGAAGAUGAGAAAGACAGGGCAAAAAGGGCAUCCCGUAACAAAUCAGAAAAGAAACGAAGAGAUCAAUUCAAUGUGCUCAUCAAGGAGCUAUGCACCAUGCUGCAGGGCCAAGGCCAUCCACGCAAGAUGGACAAGUCCACUAUACUGCAGAGAACUAUAGACUUCUUGAAAAAACAGAAAGACAUGACUGCACAAAAUGAAACUUGCAAUGUGAGACAGGACUGGAAACCUUCAUUCCUCAGUAAUGAAGAGUUCACUCAGCUAAUGCUGGAGGCCCUAGAUGGUUUCUUGGUGGCAUUAACUACAGAUGGAAACAUUAUAUAUGUAUCUGACAGUGUGUCUUCACUUAUCGGCCAUUUACCGUCAGAUAUGGUGGACCAAAAUAUCUUGAAUUUCCUCCCAGAGCGGGAACACGGGGAAGUGUAUAAGCUGCUAUCAUCCCACAUGCUCAUGACUGAUCCCAUCGCUGCUGACUUUCUUGACGAUGAUGCACAUAUUGAAUUUUGCUGCCAUCUUGCCAGAGGUAACAUUGACCCAAAAGAGCUGCCUGUGUACGAAUAUGUUAGGUUUGUUGGAGAUUUCAAGUUUCAUAACAAUGUGCCUACAUCUUCUUGUAAUGGGCUUGAAUUGACAUUACCGAGAAGCUUGCAGUCAACGCUGGAGGAGCAGGUCUGCCUCAUUGCUACUGUACGAUUAGUCACUCCACAGUUUCUCAAGGAUUUGUGUAAUGUGGAAGAUCCUUGUGAUGAAUUUACAUCUAGACACAGCCUUGAAUGGAAGUUCCUGUUUUUAGAUCACAGAGCUUCACCAAUCAUAGGCUACUUACCCUUUGAGGUUCUGGGAACUUCUGGUUAUGAUUACUAUCAUGUGGAUGACUUGGAGCUUAUAGCUCAGUGUCACAAGCAGUUAAUGCAGUUUGGAAAGGGUAAAUCCUGUUAUUAUCGCUUCCUGACCAAAGGCCAACAAUGGAUCUGGUUGCAGACUCACUACUACAUCACGUAUCACCAGUGGAACUCCAAACCUGAGUUCAUUGUCUGUACGCACACUGUUGUCAGUUAUGCUGAGGUGCGUGCUGAAAGGAGGAGGGAAUUUGGCCUUGAAGAGCUGUCUCCACCUGAAAUAGCUCCUUCCUCUGUGAAGGCUCAGGAGCUGUACUUGGACAUCUGCUCCACACUGGACCCUCCACAGGACAGAAACAGUGGUGCACGUUCAGUAUCCUCCCACAGCUCCCGGAAGUCCUCCCACACAGCGCUGUCAGACUCUGCGUCAGCUAACUCCUACACAGAAGCCUGCACACCAUCAUGGCAGUCUGCUUCCAUCGGGACAGAGCAGACGGCUACCAGACUCCAACCUGGUAAUUCUAAGCAGCAGCAGUCAUCUGAGUAUCAGCUGCAGCAGCCUCAGCUCGGUGUAAUGAACCAGCUGAAGGAGCAGCUGGAGGAAAGGACGCGCAUUCUGCAGGCUGACAUUAAGACGCAGCAGCAAGAGCUGCAUGACAUAAAGGAGAAGCUUCAUCUGGCUAAUCUCCAGAUGCUGUUACAGCAGCCUAUACAUAAUGACUUUGGCCAGGCCCAGCAGCAGCCUCAGCAGCAGGGCCCAGGCAGGCCAGCCCAGCAGAGCCAGUCCGGGGUGAUCAGGCAGCUCUCAGGCCAUCCUAUGCCGGCGACCUGCGGGGCCCACAGCUCAUCCCCUCACUCACUUCUGAGAGACGGCUUACCCUCAACACAGGUCCAGCAUAGGAUUGCACGGAGCGGGCAGGUGCAGUCAGUGAGUUUUCCCGUGCGGACGAACACGAGUCUGACGAUGCCUUUCUACAGCAACCCCAUGAUGUUCUCUCAGACCAGCACGAGGCCCCUGCAGGAUGCAAACCAAAGACACACUAACAAUGAGUUCAGCCAAGAUGGACAACUACGCAUGCUCCUCAACCAGCCAUUGCAGACGCUGGUUCCCACCAGCAGUGUCACGUCGCAGCCUUCCCAGUGCAACAUGGGCAUCUCCCAAACCAUAUACACCUUGGAGCAGCAGAUCAUCACUCCUUCGUUCUCCAUGCAACAGGUCAACUGCAAUGCUGUCCUUGUGCCCUCUCCAGUCUUCACCUCCCCCAUAAUGAUCCCGCACAACAGCUUCAUCACACACCAGUCACAGUCAGCCUACCACAGUCAGCCCCAGGCCUCUCAGCACUCCCUGCAGCUACAGCAGCCCCAGCAGUUCUUUCAGAUGACUCAAGGACUUGUACACAGUGGGUCUGCUCCAGCUUUCUUACACACCACUAGUGUCCCACAGCAGAGCACUGUGGGAUACCUCGAGCAGCAGCUGCAAACACAGCAGCUGCCGCAAGCACAGCAUCAACUGUUUCAACAACAACAACAACAACAACAGCAACACAGGCAGUACCAACAUUGCCAAAAUCAGACUGGCAGUGUUUCAGACUUCCGGAAUAUGUUGACUCGGUAGCGCCGUGGACAUUGUUAGAGCACGAAGGUCUCCCUCCACAUUGUUACCAUGUAGGCAGCAGCAUGUUGUGGUAUCUGGAAGUCAAGCUUGACAUCAGCUUCUGCAGUGGAAAUGCUUAAAAAUGCAAAACUGCCUGUAGUGACAUUACUUUUAAUGUGAAGCUGCCAGUCUAUUUUUCACUAGAGUGAAACCCACAAGCAUAGGCCUGCAGGAUCUGUGGAGUCUGGGGUGCUGGCCCACACCACACUCAGUCGUCAGUCAGCAAAACUGCCAGAACAAAUGGAUCAUCACAGCUUUCACAUGCUGACACUUGGGUGUUUUUAAAGAGACUUUCCUUCCAAGUAUGUGUUUGCACUUGGGUACUGCCCCUUACCCAACAGAAGAAUAUUUAUUUUUUCCCCAUGAAUUAAUAUUCAGUUUUCUUCAGGGAGAUAAUGUUUCCCCUCCCUAGUGACAUAACAUCACCACCCCAGUCAAGGUUUAUCUCACAGAUGGCACAUGGGAUCUCUAUUUCAAUGUGCUUCAUUUGGCAGACAUCAACACCCUGCAGAAGAGGAUUAUGGCCACUAUAAAAAUGUAUUUGAGUUCAAACUUUCAGAUGAGAUGACUAUCAUGUCUGAAAUAAGGUUUGGUAACAUGGUACACCAAGAAACUGGGGAGAAAAUUCUCCAAUUAUUAGAAAGGUAUAUCUAGAUUUUUAAAGCCUCAAUCUGGGACUGAAGAAAGGAUGCCACACCUAACCCACCUCUUCUCACUGAGACUGACAACACAGCUCAGAAGUUACAACUUUAGGUGUUUCUGAUGAGCUCUGCUGCAAAAGUCUUAAUGUGAUAACCAGGUUACUGGGGGGAUCUGUGCCUUUAACCAUGGUGUAUCCAUGGUGCAGAUUAUGGCUUUAAAAAUCCAGCUCAGGUCCAUUUGGGAUAUAAAGUUGUAUUUUCAUAGGUCAUAAUUUAUUAUUUUCCUCAUCAGAUUUAAACAAAAAACAUCUAGAUUUGUAUUGGAUAUAGUCCAACUAUAUAUUGGAUGCUUUUUGCGACCUUUACAUGAGUAAGCCCAAAACUCUUUCUGUAAUAAUAGUAUCUAAUAAGAUUCAUUUAGCCAUUUGCUGAAACCCCAAUGAAAUGAUUUCAUGUUUACUUAUUACAUACAGAAUACUGUGUAUUUGAAACAAUACAUGGGAUUAAGAAAUUUGUUUUAUACACACAAAAGCUAUGAUCGAUUUUAUGUUCAUUUAUAUAUUAAUAAGGGCAGUAAUGUCUUAUCCUCAUGGUUUUAUACAAGAUGUUUUCACAAGAAGAGUGCACCAUCUACACUCUGUCAUCUGUUUUCCACCAUACAACACUGCUGCACAAGUGCAUAAGCUUGGUGAUUUAAAUAUCUUAGAAACAGGGGAAAUGACCUGCAGAGAUUCUGCCUGCUGUUUGGCUGUCUGAUCAGUUUGUUCUAGUCCGUUCAGUCAUGUGUUUGGUUUGUGUGCACAUCUGAAAAGUCACUAAAUAUUUGUGACCAACUGAGCUCAUAUACAAGUAAACUUCAUAAUAUGAAUGGCAUCAUUGGAAAAUGAAAAUAUUGCUAGUAUAGAGUGUUUAUUGUUCUUGUAAGUGCACUCCUAUCUUAAUUGAUUUGAAAUUUGAACUCACCUUAAUUUAAAACUCACCUUUAAGUUUGGUCCUGUGUUACAUAGAUGCUCCCAAAUAGUUCAGCAGCAACAAAAAAAGUUUCUCAUGAUUCACUGAGAAAUGAAACAAAAUGUUCACUUUAGAACUUGUGCUAAACUUUAUAGAAAUCAGCUGUAAUGUGCAGUAGGACAGUUUAGUCUCAGCCACAUCAGCUGGACACGGUGAAGAUACAGAUAGGUGACUGAUUACAGGAAAAGCCUGAAUAAAUGAGCGGCCCUGUAAUGCCUCUAUCCACAUGGCACAGUGGGUCACUGGAUGGUUUGAUGAGUAUGGAAAUGAUGUGAAUCAUAUACUGCGGUCUUCACGGUCACAAACCAGUUGAACACCUGUGGGAGAUUUUGGACCGAUGCAUUAGACAGGGUCUCCACCACCAUCAUCAUCAUCAAAAUACCAAAUGAGGGAACAUCUUUUGGAAUAAUGGUGUUCAUCCCUCCAGUAGAGUCAAUGCCAAGGUGCACUGAAGCUGUUCUGGUGACACAUGGUGGCCCAGCACCUUAGUGAGACACUUUGUUGGUUUUUCCUUUCAUUUGUCACCCGGCUGUAGCUACGUCAUGGUCCCUUUGAGGACUGGUGCAGGUCAUACUGAAUGAAAACUGUCAGAAAACUCAGCAUGUAUGUUCCAUAAAACUGCUAUGUACACUGUCAGUUUGAAAAAGAAGAAUGUUAAUUUAUGCUGUUUUAAAUGUCAGAUGCACAGUGUAUAUAGAAGUGUAAAAUAAGACAUUGUACAUGUAAAUUAUAUGGGUUUUUUUAAAGACAAAAAUAUCCAAACAUUCCUUCAACUGUUUAUAUCAGCAAUAUCUUUUUAAACGGUACAACAUGCGUCCACUGAAGUCCGAGUAGACACGUCUGUCUACAUGAGAAGGUGAUGUAGUGUCAUUUCCUCCCAAAAACAAGAAAGCAAGGUCACAGGUUCAUCGUGACAAUAAGAUAAAUGAAGAAUUUCAGUCCUUAUGUUCUUAUCAAGCAGAUGCUUUGAGGUCACAGCAACAGCUGUCCAGCUGUGUGGUGAUAAUCACAGCUGAGUUUUUAAAAGACAUUCAGCCAAAAUUCCACAUUUCAUUUUAAUGGGUUUCAUUUUUUAAGAAAAAGUGCAAUUGUACAUCCUUGUCAUAUUAUUUCAGGUGGCUGAGGGAAGUCUGUCUCCCUUUGUACAUUUCUGUGACCACCCAUACAAGUUCAGCGCAGUCAGCAUCUCAGAGGUGCCAUAGACGACUCUCUCUCUCUUUUCUCAAUCAGUAUUAUUUCAACUACUGGAAAAUGUUUAUGGCAAUGAGUCAGUCAGUGGUAGAAUUCCUCCUUGUGGUUUCUUUCCAUUGCCAUUUAGAGAAGAUGACAGUCUAAAGAACUUAUAUUAUUUGCCUUGCAGAGCUGGUUGAGGGGAAAUGCUGCUCAUUAAAUUGCACUGUGAGUGAAUCAUGUUGUGAUAUUUCAUGUUUUGUGCUCCGGUUGUGGAUUAAGCCCCAGUUUUAUUUCGCCCAGAAGUCACAAAGGUUGUGUAAAUAAUCCAUCUGCUCAGCUGCUACUGCUUUUGUUUGUAGUUCAGUUGAACUGCGCUCCUCAACAGUAGCUGCCACACCAUAAGUUUUAUUUUCUUUGCCGAUCAGAACGCUUUUGUUUUUCAUUGAGUGUCAGUGUUCUUGACAGUAUGUGAUUUUAAUCAAACUUGUACUUCUUCUGAUUUGUAAAACAAUGACUGACACCUUCAGUGUCUGACAGUCAGCUCAAUGUUGUCUGUGUACGAUUUGCCAGGACAUCUACAAAUCAAACCUGGUACGCAGCCACUUAUGCAGUUUCAGUGCAGAAAGAAACCUUGAAUAUACUGUAUAAUGUUAAAAAAAAAAAGUUUAGACUGUAUAGUUAUUUUAUAUAUAGAUUACUUAUGUUAUAUGAUUUUAAAAUUAAACUAAUUUUGUAACAGAUCAUGAAGUGUCUUAUUUGAGGAGGUGAGACUCUUUUUGCAUUGACGUUGUGGUAUCAUCACUUGUAUGGCUUGUUUUCUUUCUGUAUUUACCAUCAAAAUAAGCUUUAAAAAUACUGUUAAUAUUGUUUUAAAUAACAGAUUAUGUUUACAUUCUAUAAUACCUUUAUUAUGUUAUACUGGAUUAUUUAUAAAUCAAGCUGAAUAUUGUGAAAUAUU